GUAUCUGAGGAGGCGAUGCGCGGGCACGUCGGCAGACGUCCCCAGCUCGCUGAUUGGGCGGGACGCGGUCGAGUGGGCGGUGUCGGCGGGAGCGCGCAGGGCAGGAGAGUAAGGAGCGCGUCUCCGCCUCCGUCUCUCUUUCCUGCCCAAUGUCCCAGCGAGUCAGUCGAGCCACGUGCAUGCGAUAGCCGCUCCGCUCCCAGUCUACAAACGUCCCGUUCAUUGUGUGCGGCAGAAACACACGACAACACCAUGGUGAAGUUGGCAAAGGCAGCAGCAACCAAGCAAGGAGCUCAGAAGAAAAAGGCCCCUCCACCCCCCAAAGAUGUGGAGGAUGAGUCAAGUGAGGAGGAGAGCAGUGAAGAGGAGACUGCUCCAGCUAAAGUGGUGAAGAAAGCCACACCAGCUAAAGCCACCCCAGCGAAAAAUGGCACUACUGCCAAAAAAGCAGAAAGUGAAGAUGAUGAUGACUCUGAGGAGUCUGAAGAGGAGGCCCCCCCACCAAAGAAGACCCCUGCUAAAGCAACACCGGCUAAAGCCAAGGCAGCCCCUGCAAAGGCUGAGGAGUCUGAUGAGGAUGACGAUGAGUCAGAAGAAGAGGCCCCACCACCAAAAAAGGCAGGAAAGGCUGCAGCUAAACCUGCUGCCAAGGCCCCAGUGAAGGCAGAAGAGUCCGAUGAGGAUGAUGAUGAGGAGGAGUCUGAAGAAGAGGCCCCACCUCCCAAGAAGGCUACUCCAGCAAAAGCAGCUGCCAAACCCGCUGCAAAGGCCGCUAAGGAGGCAUCUGAUGACGAUGAUGAGGAAGAUGACUCUGAGGAGGAGAUGGACACUGCUCCUGCUCCACCUGCUAAAGCAAAGAAGGCAGGCAUGGUCAAGGCCAAGGAGGAGUCUGAGGAAGAGGAUGAUGAGGAAGAAGAUGACGAGGAAGAUGAUGAUGAUGAGGAUACCCCAGUGUCGUCUGGAAAGAGGAAGGCAGAUAGCAAAAAGGACACACCCCCUGCUAAAAAAGCUAAGGCAGAAGGAGAAGGAUUCUGUCUGUUUAUCGGAAACUUAAACUCCAACAAAGAUUUUGACGAGAUCAAAGCAUCCCUGAGGAAGUUCUUCGAAAAGAACGAACUUGAUGUUGCUGAUGUGCGGUUAGGUGGAUCCAAGAAAUUUGGCUAUGUGGACUUUUCUACUGAAGAGGACAUGCAGAAGGCACUGGAGCUCAAUGGCAAGAAGGUCAUGGGUCAGGAGCUGAAGUUGGACAGGGCCCGCAGCAAAGAGAACUCACAGGAAGGCAAGAAAGAGAGAGACGCACGGACACUGUUUGUGAAGAACCUUCCCUUCACUGCAACGGCUGAUGACCUGAAGGAAGUUUUUGAAGAUGCAGUUGAUGUCAGGUUACCUCCCGGCCAGAACGGUUCAAAUAGAGGCAUUGCCUACAUCGAGUUCAAAUCUGAGGCUGAAGCAGAGAAGAUGCUGGAGGAGGCCCAGGGAGCUGACGUACAGGGGAGAUCUAUCAUCGUUGAUUUUGUUGGAGACAAGAGUCAGAAAGGAGCCAAGGCGCCAGUAACAGGAGCCUCCAGUAAAACACUGGUCGUGAAUAAUCUUGCCUUCAGUGCCACAGAGGAAGUCUUACAAGCAUCAUUUGAGAAAGCUGUGUCCAUAAGGAUUCCACAGAAAGAUGGCAGACCCAAAGGUUUUGCCUUUGUAGAGUUUGAAACCGCAGAAGAAGCUAAGGAAGCAUUGGAAACCCUCAACAACUCAGAAAUUGAAGGCCGGACGAUCAGACUGGAGUUCAGCCAAAACAGUGGUGGCAGAGAUGGAGGAAGAGGAAACACUGGUCCAACAAAAACCCUCUUCGUCAAGGGUCUCUCUGAGGACACGAACGAUCACACCCUUAAAGAUUCGUUUGACGGCGCUGUCGCAGCCAGGAUAGUCACAGACAGAGACACUGGAUCAUCUAAAGGCUUUGGCUUUGUUGACUUCGAUAACGAGGACGACUGCAAGGCUGCCAAGGAGGCAAUGGAUAACGGUGAGAUCGAUGGCAGCAGGGUGACCCUGGACUAUGCCAGGCCCAAGGGUGAAGGCGGCUUCCGUGGAGGCCGAGGUGGCGGUGGAUUUGGCGGAGGUUUCGGAGGCGGAUUUGGCGGCCGCGGUGGUGGCGGCAGAGGAGGUCGUGGUGGCGGCGGAUUUGGCGGCCGCGGUGGUGGCGGCAGAGGAGGCCGUGGCGGAUUCGGAAGCCGUGAUGGUGGUGGCCGCGGUGGUGGCGGCAGAGGAGGCCGUGGCGGAUUUGGAGGUGGAAGAGGCGGCGGCGGAUUCGGAGCCAAACCCCAGGGGAAGAAAAUCAAGUUUGAUGACUAAGUCAUUAGUCUAUUUUACUUUUUGAAUGGACUCUGGUUUCAUCAGUUUUCAGAGCUUUUGGACAUUCCACAAAGCGUCAUUGAUAAAUAUUUAACUGUUUAUGGGCAUUUUAGCCCUUUAUUUAGAUCCUGCAACUUUCCCCAUCCUUGUGUGCCAGAAUGGUACUUUUGACCUUUUCAACUCGAGUAGUACGUGCGAGUACUGAAUGUCCCAAAUGCAAACUGCACCUCUCGCCCUUAUUAGCUUACUUUACCGAAGGAGUAAAACGGAAUGGGUCUGGCAAACAAGUUUGCUGUGAAAAAAUAUGAGUCUUCGUCAGAUACAUUGUGUAAAUUUAAACAGUUUGUAUGAUUUCAUUUUACCUUUUGUAAAAAAAUACACUUGUAUCCAUAUGUUUUUGUUUUUAUUUUGUUUUGUCUUUUAGUUUGCGUUAGGUGCCACGUUUUACUGUAUUGUGCAAAGCAUAUUUUGAUAGACUGGAGAGUUGGAUAUUAAGAACAUGGCAAAGAUGUUCAUGUCAUGUUUGUUUGGUGGGGCACAGUCCGUGUCCGAGUCAGAGGUUGAAUGAACCGUAUCUAUGUAACAUAAAAUAUUUGUAGUGCAUUGACUAAUUUUUUCCCAUCAGAGAAUCUCAAGAUUUUCAUGUGAUUGAAUAAAACCUUGUAGGUGGUGAUUUUUAAA